GUUGCCAUGGGGACAAACUUUGUUUAUCAAUAUCGUUCGUCGCUUGAUUUUCUGUUUUGUCGAUAAAAUAAGCUUGAUAAACUUUUUUCACUAAGUUAAUAUUUGUGAAUAUUGUGAGCAAAAUGUGUGAAGUAAAGCCGAAUCUGAAGGAUAACCCUCGUGGUGCGUUGGAGCAGUAUAUUACUGCAUUGCAAGGAGAAUCUAAAAUGGCCCGGAAACAGGCUCUGAUAAAGAUGAACGAGGAGAUAUUUGAGAACGAGGCGAACCAGGACUGUGACUUGACGACCGUAUUUCCUGAAGUGUAUGCCUAUGUUCUGAAAAGUUUCUCGGAUCCAGCGGAAGCGUGCCGCGACAGCGCGGCAACAAUUAUAGCAAACUUCAUUGACCGGUUACCUCUAAACGACUAUUACCUCACCUAUAUUCUACCUGUAAUAGUUCGCCGUAUUGGUAACCCAGAGAUUGUCGAAGAAUCUGAAGAGAUACGCCUCAUUCUAGUAGAAUUACUGCAUAAAAUAUUAGAAAAGUACAAAGUAUCAUCACUUCUCAGUCCUUUUAUCAAUGAUUUCACCAGUAUAUUGACUAAGACUAGUACAGACCCAUACCCUAAGGUGAAGCUUGAAGCGUGUGAGUGUAUAAUCCUGCUGACCAAAAUCUUGCAAAGAGAUUUCCAUUUCCAAUCAGACAGCUAUGUGAAGCCGGUUUUGUCUAAUUAUUCUCAUCAGCAUUACAGAGUAAGAGUAGCUGCUGUUAAAGCUAUUGGUGCUAUAGUCCUUGCGGGCAACGCGAAGUGCUUCGAGCUAUCGAUCACGCCUAUGGCAGAGAAGCUCUUCGACGAAAAUUCGCAGGUCCGCAUGCAGGUAACGCAGGAGAUCGGCAACUGGAUGCUCAACUAUAGAGAUCGGUAUUCCUUCUGGCAUCGGAUGAUACCUCUCUUGUUAACCAGCUUGAGCGACGUAAUGGAGGACAUCAGAUCCACAGCAGCGCAAUUUUGGGAAGAAAUUGGCCGCCAAUACAUGGAGGAAAACGAAGAGGAUCUGAAGAAGAAGACGGACUUUCUCAAAGAUGUACCGACCCACUACCCUGAUGUAAAGCGCCCCAAUCUAGGAUGCAGGGUAUUGGUGCAAUACAAUAUAGGGAAGAUUGUACCGGCAAUAUGGCGUGAAAUGGAGGGCUGGCAAGAGGACACGCGCCUCCGCUGCGCUCAGCUGCUGUGCUGGCUGAUCCUCUGCUCGGAAGAGGGUUGCACUCAACACACCAACACCAUCAUACGCACCUUGCAUCGCGGCGCGGGUGAUGACGAUCCUAGAGUUAUUGCUGAGGUCAAACGAGCAUCUGAGCUGUUCGGCUACUUCAUAACACCUGAAACCUGGUGGCCAUUGUUAGAGGCCGAGAUGGACUCGUGGAGCGCCCUCUUUGUCUUGGCCAAUAUUUUGAAGGGGUCGAAAGCGGAGCUCGUCAAAGAGAAGGCCAUGCUUGAGAUAUGCAAGGAGUUAAGUGACCCCGACAGGUGCAGAGUACGGAAGCCUAAGUACCAGACAAAUAUGCUCCGCGUGACAGAGGCCCUGAUGGACCUGUGCGGCGAGGAGUGCACGCCAGUGUUUGAAGAGCUCUUCAUCAUCAAUUUCACUGUCUACGCAAUGCCGGUCAAUGAUGAAAUACAGUUUCUCGCAUUGGCAAACCUGGACAAGUUGCGUUUCCACGAAAAGUGCGGGCGUUCUCUGACGAGCCUUUACGAGAAGCACAUCCGGCGCGUGCUGGCAGACAUCACUAGCGACGCUCUCACCUGGACUGUGCUCACCCCCGACUGCUGUCUUCUCGAGUGCGUCUUGUUGCACGGAAGCUACGCAAUGGGUGCCCAACUUCACCUGAUAGCACCUCUUCUGAAAGAGUGCCUGGCUACUCCCAAAGUGGACCCUGAGGUUAAGCUGAAGAUCUUCACGACUCUAUCCAAAGCUCUGCUCAAUCGACAGAGUAACUUCAAAACCUGUGAGACCGAAAAACUUGAAGCGUUCCUGAAGAUUGUCAUCGAAGAAGUGAUAAUGACCAACUUGGUGUGGACUCCGGGGCGCACAGCCGAGGCUAUCCGGACAGCCGCCGUCGCCUGUCUCUGCUCCGCCAUGCAGGGGGAUGUGGAAGAAGACAAGAUUAACGUCGAGAAGGGCGGUGAUGGGGAUAAGAAUGAAAAGGAAGUAAAUCUGUUCCCUUCCAAGGAAUCUUUAGAACCGUUCCUGGAACAAAUGGUUCCACUGCUGGUGGGUCUUUUGGACGACAACUCGACGUUGACUCGUCAACACGCUUUGCGAUGCGUGUGCUGUCUCGCCAUCCUGGCUAGACGACGUGGCUGCUUUACUGCGGAGAUCUUGCAUAAAAUAUACUUCCCGGUCCUAAAGCGCUUGGAUGACAGCAGCGAUAAAGUGCGCUCGUUCGCAGUGAAGACCAUCUGUGCUCUGUUCAAAAACCGCCCCGAGCCGUACGACCUGACGGUGUUCAACGCUCAUGUGGACGCUAUGUAUAGCGCCAUGCUCAUACACUUAGAUGACGCCGACGAGGGCUUCCGCAAGGAGAUGCUUGAUGCCGUUUUAUCUGUCAGUGACGUAGAUCCCAAGUUGCUUAUGAGGAAGGUGAAAGCGAAUAUUCAUAUUUACAGGAACAAAUCCGCCUACGAACGCUUGUCUAGUCAUUUAGAGAAACUUAUUAUAGCUUAAUUUAAACCAAAGAUGUGCCUUUCUACAUUAUUAUAAUUAGUUCAUUUGAAGUUUUAGUUUGGUGUCGAAGGGGAUUCAGAUUUAUUGUCCUA